UUAAAGGGACGGACUACGCUUUGAAGAAAACUCUUGAAUUAAGCUGUAAUUUUGCGUUUGGAAAACGUAUUGCAGAUCUUUUCCAGGUAUCGCUGUAUAAUACAGACAGCCAAAAUGAGGGAAGGAACAUGUUUAAGGAGAAGAGGUGGCCCCUAUAAAAGUGACCCUGCCACUGACCUGACACGCUGGAGGAUCGCUAAUGUGGCGGGGAGACAGACCUGGCACUAUGUGGAAGACGGGGAGACUGCAGAAAGAGCACAGAGCAUGCUGGAAGCACACUCCUUGGGACUUGAUACAAGCAAGUUCAUUAACAGUUUGCCUAAACCCAUCACUGCCCAAGAAGCCGCUCUAAAUGGAAUGCAGUUUUACAGCCUCCUGCAAGCUGAGGAUGGGCACUGGGCAGGAGACUACGGAGGACCCCUCUUCUUACUGCCAGGUCUCCUGAUUACCUGCCACAUUGCUAAGAUCCCUUUCCCAGAAGCAUGGCAGAAAGAGAUGGUGCGAUACUUGCGCUCCGUGCAGCUUCCAGACGGGGGCUGGGGUCUGCAUAUUGAAGAUAAGUCCACAGUGUUUGGAACAGCCUUGAGCUACACCACCAUGAGGAUCCUAGGAGUUGGACCUGAUGAUCCUGACCUGCUGCGAGCCAGAAACAACCUUCACAGCAAAGGAGGAGCUGUUGGAAUUCCUUCUUGGGGAAAAUUUUGGUUGGCCAUCCUGAAUGUGUACAGCUGGGAAGGGAUGAAUACGCUUCUCCCAGAAAUGUGGCUUUUCCCUUCCUGGAUGCCAGCACACCCCUCUACUCUGUGGUGUCACUGCCGCCAGGUCUACCUCCCGAUGAGUUACUGCUACGCUGUGCGCCUGACUGCAGAUGAAGAUGAGCUGGUCCGAAGCCUCAGACAGGAGCUGUAUGUGCAGGAUUAUUCCACCAUUGACUGGCCAGCUCAAAGGAACAAUGUGGCUGCAUGUGACAUUUAUACCCCUCAUAGCAAAUUACUCACAACAGCAUAUGUCAUGCUCAAUUUGUACGAGUCGUACCACAGCAGUGCUCUGAGGAAGUGGGCUAUUGAGGAGCUGUAUGAUCACAUCAAGGCCGAUGACAGAUUCACCAAUUGCAUCAGCAUUGGACCGAUCUCCAAAACCAUCAACAUGUUGGUGCGCUGGUAUGCAGAUGGACCCACUUCGUCUGUUUUUAAGGAGCAUGUGUCCAGAAUCCCGGACUAUCUCUGGCUCGGCCUUGAUGGAAUGAAGAUGCAGGGCACUAAUGGAUCUCAGCUUUGGGAUACUGCAUUUGCUGUCCAAGCAUUUCUUGAGGCAGGUGCGCAGGACAGAUGCACAUUUACACAGUGUCUUAAACAGGCUCACGAAUUCUUCAGAAUCACACAGAUACCAGAAAACCCACCAAACUUUGAAAAGUACUACCGCCAAAUGAACAAGGGAGGGUUUCCCUUCAGCAAUCUCCACUGUGGCUGGAUUGUUGCUGACUGUACAGCUGAAGGCUUGAAGACAGUGAUGCUGCUUCAAGAGAAGUGCACCUUUAUCAAGGACCACAUUCCCAAACAGCGCCUCUUCGAUGCUGUCAAUGUGCUACUCAGCAUGCGGAAUCCUGAUGGUGGAUUUGCCACCUAUGAGACAAAGCGUGGAGGCAGGCUGCUGGAGCUCCUCAAUCCCUCUGAAGUGUUUGGUGAUAUCAUGAUUGACUACACUUAUGUUGAGUGCACCUCCGCAGUGAUGCAGGCACUGAAGCACUUUCAUGAGGAAUUUCCUGACCACAGGACUGAGGAGGUCAGGAGUACAUUGCAGAAGGGUUUAGAGUACUGCAGGAAGGUGCAGAGGACUGAUGGAUCAUGGGAAGGGAGCUGGGGAGUGUGCUUUACAUAUGGAGCUUGGUUUGGUUUGGAAGCCUUUGCCUGCAUGGGCCACAUCUAUCAGAAUGGCUCUGCAUGCUGGGAGGUGCAGCAGGCAUGUCAGUUCCUGCUGUCUCAUCAGAUGCAGGACGGAGGCUGGGGGGAGGACUUUGAAUCCUGUGAGCAGCGCAGAUAUGUCCAGAGUGAGAAGUCGCAGAUACACAACACCUGCUGGGCUCUGCUGGGGCUCAUGGCUGUAAGGUACCCCGAUGUUGGUGUGAUCGAGCGAGGGAUACAGAUGCUUGUUAACAGACAGCAGUCUAAUGGAGACUGGCCACAGGAAAACAUUGCUGGUGUUUUUAACAAAAGUUGUGCUAUCAGCUACACGUCGUACCGCAACGUGUUUCCAAUAUGGACGCUAGGACGGUUUGGACGCUGCUACCCCACUAGCCCAUUGGCAGGAAAACUGAAAAUGUGAACAAAUGGACUCUUUGUGAAAGACUGACAGUGCUUGACUAUUGUUCUUCUGAAAAAUACAUUCAUUUGAAUAACAAGUAAUACAUACACAAUGUAGUGAAAAUCGUAUUUUUGUGAUCUCAUUGUUUGCAGUGUUUUGUAAAAUAAGGGACUGGGUAAAGGGAAGACAUUAAGAUUAUAGUAAUUUAAUAAUCUGACUAGCACCGAUUGAUAAGCAGAAUAUUGUCACUUCAUGUACACCAAUAAGUUAAGAAAACGUAUCGGUCCAGGAUAUUGUGUUAGUGUGUGCGAUUUAUUCAAGAAGCAUAUUGCAGGAGUAUAGUGCUCUUGUAGUUGCAUUUUUAUAAUUUCUGGAUACCGCUGUUCACAAUACGCUCAGUAUGUUGACAAGCAGGUUUUAAAGUCUUGAAUUCCCACCCCCACCCCACCCCCACAGUAGCUUGGUACAGUUGGGUUGGCUUAUUGUUUUACACAGAGGCUUGGUAUAGUUGACCGCCCGAAUCAUGUACUACUUAACAUUUCCCUCUUGAGUGGUUAUUAUCAAUGCUCUUUUCACAAGAGGGCCAUUGCUCUUGGAAUGACAGCUCCCACAGCGCAGAUCCGUCUGCUCACACAGGGUAGUGCUGCAUAUGCAACUUGUAAUAGACAUCGUUGUGUCGUAGUUGUAUGCUACAGUCGGAUCACAUGAUAAGGGUGAUACUUAGUUUUAUUACCUACAUUUAUUUCAUAACAAUAUCCCACGACCCUUAGGUUUAGGUUAUUGGUCAUAACUUUAAAUACACACAACAAUAACCGAACCCUAAGCUUAUGGUUCAUGGGGUAUUAUGGUCACUUGGUAGGGGUGUUGAGGGUCAGUGAAGCGCAAUGUAAAUUAAGAGUUGCGCACGCAGCACUACUCUGCAAGAGUUUUUUUUCUGCACCUAUAUACUGUUGCUUUUCACUUGUUCCCCAUUUUUAUAUACUUGUACAAGAUCUGUCUCCCUAGAGAUACACUGACCACACAUCCACAUGUGGUCCUCCAUGUGUCGCUCCAUAACCUACUGCAGCUCCCUGACUUCUUGUCGAAUAAGGAACUGCUGUGAUAAGAUAACGGGGCAAGCUGAUUUGAAAGAAAUACCUGAAUCUGGUAGACAGAGGUUGCUACAUGGACACUUAAACAAUGCACUUUUACAACUCCUCAGUUCUCUGGUCUUUCAUUGGCGAAAAGUGUCAGUACUUGAGCAAGUUUAGGAUCACCUAGAAUGUUAGGAUUGAGAAAAUAAAUAAGUCUAUUUUAACAUCUUUUAUUGAUGUCUUGAUUUUUAUUGACAAGGCGUCUACUGGAAGCCCUAAUUUUGUCAGUUUUUCAUUAAGUAUAUGGGAAAACCACAAACCGGUGUGUAAUUUAACAUGUGAAAGUGACAUUGCUCAGCAGGUUUCAUUUGACUUUGAAGCAAAAUGAGUUUAAGGUUAUUUACUUGUGUUGGUGUAUUUCUUCUUUUACUCUGACAAUGUAGAGUGUGUGAGAAAUACUCUCAACUUGAUUAGAGUGAGCCAAUACACACUUAUCAGUUCCAUGUUUCACUGCAGAAAAGUGGCAGUACAUAACACUACAUUGAGUAUCCUCUACUGAUGACAUCAGUCAGAAUUCUAGCUGAAAUGUCUCCAUUAUGACAUAACAAACAUGUUAUUAAGACUGAAAGAGAUCCAGCAAUGAAACAGUAACUAAUACAAUGUCUUAUCUUUCGAUUGGGGUAGUUUUAAACUGACAUAAUGGCUGAGCACACAGCCAGUCUAGAAAGGGAUAACGCGCGGUUACUAGCUGAAAAUGAACAGUUAAAAAUGCAGAUUAAACUGAUGAAAGAAAACCAGGAAUUAAGAAAACUGCUCUCGCACAGUUACAGUGAAUUGCAGAAAACUGAAGAUAAAUACAAUGAGGCUACUGCCUUUAACAACUUCCAAGCAGCUUCACUGGGAGGACAUGGUAAGAUAACAGGAAAAGUCAUUCUCUAUGUGAGGAUUAACAGAAAGUCAGAUAUCCGGAGCAGUGCCUAAUAUAACGGGGUAGGGGUCAGGGCUGGUGGGCGACUCAAAACAUGAAGACGUAACCCUAAUACCAGCUCUUGGAGCGGGAGGUCCUGGGUGCAACCCCUGCCUGCAGGAACAGUGGUUCACCACGAUAUUAAUAACAGAAAUGCAGACAUCCAGAGCAGUGACUAAUACAUGUACUGGCGAUAUGUUAAGGACUCAUUAUGCCUACCGUCAACUGCAGUAAUAUAGGCAGAGUUGUCAUGUUUUAAUAGUUCUUUGUUGUUGGUUAUUUACCGAAAGAGUUCUUUUGCCGUGGCUGCUGUUUCGUUAUCUUACCAGGAACACCUUGUAAAUGUGAUUUGUCUCUAUGGCCAGUGAUUUAACCAAAUUUAAUAUUUAAAUGCAAAACAUAUUUGAAUUAUCUGCAAAAAUGUGCUCUCCUCAUUUCUUCACAAGCUCCACUACCAGGGCAUUCAUUGUGAGAUUAUUUCUUCACUUUGUCAUUUGUACUUGCCCCGUAGGUUAUGCCAGCUCAUUGACAAAAUUAAGAGUUUUCCUUCUCCCCACCCCUCCCUAUGCUUGAAAGGUAUACACAAACGUAGACAAUGUUUGAUGCUUGUAUCAUUGUGAAAUUAGGUCUGAAGGGAAAUGGAAGCUUUGACUAGCACAGAUGUAUAAUUUCAAGCGAGUCAUUUGGAAAUUAAUUGUGAUGGAAGAGACGUUAGUUUCUAAAAUGCCUAAACCGCGCAUAGAACAAAGCUGCGAAGAAUUUCUCCUGAUCUUGUCAACUGUUUAAUCCACUGGAGAUCAGUGGAUACAAGUAUGUUAUAGGAAUGUAUUGUGACUGUGCCUCUGCUGAGGGAAGUGGAAAUAGAUUUUGGGUUGUGGUACCUGAAACUAAGCUGCAGUGUGAAAGACGCAGUUCAAAAUAAUGUUGAAGGCUGUGUAGAUAUUUGACAUGCUAUUUGGGUUCAGGUGCCAGCUUAUCCAAUAUCAUGAUUUCUUUGUCUCAUGCACCCUUUUUUUCAAAAUAUUCACUGCUGUAAGUGUAAAUUGUAUGCUUGCAUUUAAUUCUUAAUUUGAAUAUUUGUGCUAAUUGAAGCUACUUAUGAACACGUAAAAUUUUCCAAUUCUCUUUCAGUAACCUGCUUUCUGAGUAAAUGUUGAAUUGUACAACAUUCUGAAACACAUUUUGUGUUUGCCGAUUUAAUAUCCCUUAUGCGGAUUUGAUUUCAUUGUGCAGUUAUACAUGUAUUUUCUUAUUGUACUUUUAUAGAAGGCAGACAGUAUUUACUAUACAUAGGCAGUUAAUUAAACUGAACUGUCACUAAUGAGAAAUGAAAUUAUUUUCUGUGCUAGGUCUGUCAAAAUAAGAGUAAAUGUUUCAUAGAAAAAUGUGUAUAGUUAGAACAUAUACUUUUUUCCUUGUAUACAUCCAUUUCAGUUAUUUUAUUGCGUAUCUAAUAAAAAGAAAUAA